GACAUGCAGUGGUCGGCAAUAGGCGGCCCGCGGGCCAGAUGUGGCCCGCAAGCAAAAACAUCUGGCCCAUGAGAUUGUUUGAACUAGAGAAUGAUAAUAAAAAUAUAAAAUAUACUUUUAAAAAAUCUGACUGCCAGUCUCAAAAAUGCUCUUUAUUGGAACCUUCAUUUUCAUUUGUACUGAGUACAGUCUUGUGUACAUCCGGUCAGGGAAUUUCAAAAUAAUCUUCCCUAUAUGUUGUAAAGCUGCAGAGGAAAGCCAGUGUGUCAUUUACGAAAGGUACAUUCCCACUGCACAGUAGUGCCAAUGGCAACAGAUAGCGUUCAGUUAGGUAAGUGCACAUUUACAUAUGGAUUAAUCCACCACUUUUAAUCCAUAUAUUGGCCCCAUUACCAUAAAUUCAUAAUUCGUUCUAAUUUUGUUGGUAUUUGCUCCACAGUAUUUUACACAAUGUGUUGUCACCAGAAGUGCGUAUGUUGCAAUCUCUCUUUGAGGAAAUAGGAGUGGGACGCACUUCCUCUGAAGGAGUUUCGCAACAUAUCCAUUAAGAGCUUUCCAUAUCAGGAAGUGCGCGUUCACUUUCCCACAGAAUGGCACGUAGCUGAGUUGAGUAGUUGUUUUCCAAGAAAGUAAGUGGAAUACAUCGUUUCAGGAUGGAGUUAAAGAGGCGAGUUGGCGAUAGGGUGUGUUUGCUGCUUAUUCUAGGACAUAUUGCGACUGCAGUAACACUCUCUGCAGGUUCUAACAAUACAAUAAGCCAAAAUCUUGACUGUACCAACGACUUCGAGAAUUUGAUGUUUUGCCAGUUUGAAGCACAAAACUGCACUGAGUACCAUUUAACUGUCCUGGACACCGACAACAAGGAGGUGAAUUGCACUUUCAAGCAGUGUGACAGUGGCCAGUGUUGUUGCUCUCUCCAAAUGUUAAUUAUUUAUGAACGGUCUCAUAUGGCAACACUUUGGAAAGGAGGUGAAAGCAUGGGGUCCAAAAUCAUCAGCAUCAUGGACGGCAUAAAGCCCAAACCCCCGACAAUCACGUCAGUGAAAGAAUCCAAUGGGAAUUUUCAAGUCAUGUGGAAGAAAAACAUGGAUGGCUAUUUCAGUGAAACAUUGACUGCCAAUGUGACUUAUCGUAAGAAAGGAGACACAGAAAUGGUAUCUGAAAAGGUCACACCAACUAUAGUUGAUGGUUUGAACUACCAUGAAAUACUUGGUCGACACUUGGAGCCAAGUACAACAUAUGUGGUUAGCGUGAAAAGCUUCACAAACUGGAGCAACCGCUUCAGUGACAGUAGUAAUGAGAUGGAAUUCACAACCCCUGCCUCCCCUCCCAACCUCACCGUUGUCAUUUCCAGCCUCAGUAUUGCUGCAGUCAUCAUCACUGUUGCCAUGUAUGGCUGUUAUGCAAAAUUAAAAGCAAAGUGGCAGGACAACGUUGGCAAAUAUCCAAAUCUUUUUAAUCUGCAACGAAGUGAGCAAGAGGUCUUGAAGCCUGUGGAAACGGUCAUCUCCACUGUAUAUGUUGAGCUCCCUGAUCCAGAUGACACCAAAGCAUGGUGGAAGGGGUCACUGAGAGACAUCAGCACUGGGAGCCCUCAGCAAAGCAGUGGAAUCAGCACUGGCUCCUCUUGUCUCAGUUAUGCUAACACAGAACCUGCUGACAUUAUAGCCCGUGUUCAGGAUGCCCUUGGCAAAGCCUUUCCCAAUAUAAGCCCAAUAUCGCCUUUGACCACCAUCCCUAUUCCAGAAUCAAACAAAGACAGUGAUUUAUUCUCGGCUCCCUACAACCUUUGUGGUGUCAGAGCUGAUGACAUGAGCUCUGGAUCAUCUGUAUUUGAAAAUAAAACCUAUUCCAUCCUCAUUCCCAGCUUCCUACAGCAGAUUACGACAGACAGCUCUGAAGACCAGCCGCAAGCUAAAAUGCCUUGUGACUCUGGAUACCAUCCUAGUGAGGGUGACAUUGUGAUCAGUGCGGACCAAAAGGUACCAGCUUGCCCGCUUGUUUCUUUAUCACCAGCGGUUUCAGCUCUUAUGCCAACAGACAUGUCCUAUCAGCAGUGCACUGCAGACUCUGGGAGAUUUUCAUAUGCAGAAGACUCCAGUUCGUCCUCCAUCUCCGGUGGCACCAACACAAUUGCGUCAUGUGACCCUGUGUCCAAAGUUGAGGGUGGGUGUGAGAGCUCUGAUGAGGCGGUUGGUGGUGCCGCAAAGCUAAAUGGAAAAACUGAGGAAAAUCCCUGCUACGGCUGUGUGCCUCCAGGCUCACACAGGUUUCCUCCAGUGGAAGACGACUACCAGUCAUUUCAAAAUCUUGUGGAUCAGCCUGAUAUUUUGUUUCCAGAGAAGAGAGGUGGUGAGGAAGAGGAACAUUUGAGCAAAUAUCCAGAGGAAUCCUUUGUCAAGAUGCCUCAAAGCUUCUUUAGCCCAGUGGUUCCGAGUUCUAUUAAUAACGUCCAGGCAGGCCAGUGUCUGUCUGAGCUCCAAAGACCUUUUAUCUCUUUGAUCUCUGCCGACCAGUCCAUGCCAGUGAUCACAGACGGCGGCUAUCAGAGUGUGUAGCAUUGAAUUUGAAUGAAUGCAUUCAUUGUUUUAUGUGAGUGCUUCUUUAAAUUAUAAAUAUUGUUGGGAAAAGUCGAAAAUGAGAGGGAGGAAGAGGAUGAUAGAACAGACUAAAUGGUGUUCAAAUCAGUAACGCUCUUAACUCAAGGUCCAUAGCUGUUCCUAAUCAAUCAUUCAAUCAUACCACAUGAUAUUUAUCAACAGAUGUUUGUUUUUAUGGAAUUUUAUUUCAAUGACAUUGCCCGUGCAAGUCACAAUGAAGAUCAUGUGAUAUGAUCAAAUUCAAUUGGUGUUUUGACAUGGGAUAUGACUGUUCUAAAGCGUGUUGUAGAUAUUUUUUGGUUUGCAUUCAAAGAAGUCACAUCUUUGAACCUUAAGAACAUAUAAUAUUUGUUUGAGCUUUAAGCACUUUGCAACUGUAUAUGGCUGCCUUUGAUGUGAAACAUCCAUACGGUUUUGUACAACAAUUAUGUAAAGCUUUUGUGAAAAACAGAAUGCACUUAUUUUAAAUGUGUUAAGAAAAUGCUCAUGCUCAGCUCAUCUAUCUCACAUGUCAUAUUCAACUAAGGUCAUUUUUCAUCACAUUUAAAUUGACAUAGCUCAUGGAAAAUGUAUUUCUUGUGUGUUGUAUAUAGCUGAGAGGAAGACUCGUGUCUAACCUUUCAGUUUAGUUUAUCAUUUUUAUUAUUAUUACAAUUAUGUAUUCACUUUUUAGUAUUAGUAAGGCUUAUUAGUUAACAGACAAGCCAUCUCUGAGCUACAUUUGACUAGGGAAAUCAUCUUUAAUCACAAAAUUUGCUUCACAGCUGACAAAAAAAGCUUUGUCUGAAACAAGCCACGACAAAGAUCUGUCAUGUGGCGCUUUUGUUAUUCUGGGUUGUGAAAUUACUUCCUUCUCAUUCUUCUCUGGAAUUGGUGAGCCACUUCCACAGAAACACACGUCACCCUCAAACAGUAUCGCAGCAAACACAACGGCACUUCUACAGAAACACACUUAUACAGUGUUGGAGCAGAGACGUGUAACUCAAAGGAAUUAAUAUGCACAUGUGUUGUAAAACGGUGGUACUCUAGGAAGAAGUAAAACAAAUAUAUACUAAUACAAACAGUUAUACAAAUGACUAGUAAGGCACAUUUCUUUGGUUCUGAAUAGUUCAAAUAAGUUGUACAUUUUGUGGCUUGCGGAUUAUCCUGAGUUGUGUUUGUUUCAAAGAGAUGUUGUUUCUGAGUUUUAAUGUUUCAAAUACACAACAAGCAGUUGUAUUGUUGUGACCGAGGAGAUUUUUGAUGUCUCAGCAGAGAACAUUAAAAAAAGAGAAAAUGUGUUUUUGUGACCUCAA